CAGCACCGCCGCCGCAGGGGGUUCGCAAUGCUGCCAUAGCCCGCCAUCGUCCGCCCCGCCCCAAUUCACUGGAAUCUGAUCUGACGGAGCACCGGCGACCAGUCACCAUGCCAGACAGCGGAGGCGCGACCGUCCUGGACGACCUCCCCGAGUGGAUCGUUGUGGAAGAGAUUCUCAUCCGUUUGCCGCCCAAGGACAUCCUCCGCUGCCGCGCCGUCCGCAGGUGGUGGCACAACGCCACCUCCACCGACAAGUUCAUGCUGGAAAACCACCGCCACCAGCCCUUUCUCCCGAUCCUCAGCCUCGUCGUCGAGCUGCACAAAACCUGCCUCCUGUUUUCGUUUGAUGCCGGCGCAGGCCAGCAAAAGCUCUGCCCUGUCGUCCAGACCUGCGACUACGGUGAACUCGAGGCCGCGUGUGAUGGCCUCCUCAUCGUCUCCCAUGGAUCCAUGGCGGAUAAGUUCAUCUGCAAUCCGGUCACCCGUAAGUGUGCUCCCCUAGCGAAGCCUCAGGCCCAACGGGGUUUUGACCACCAGAUUGUUGGCUUCUACCGGCACCAACCAUCCGGAGGAGAAUUCCGAGUGCUAUGGAUCUCUAGGCCGACGAAAAUCUACAAUCCAUACGACGCAAAUUACAGAACUUUCUACUACGUCAUAGCGGUGGGAUGCGAUAAUACAAGAUGCAUCAGACAAGGAUGCAUCCCACAACCAACAUCCUCGUCGCAUUCCUUGGAGCUGGCUUUACGCAGGGGUCUGCCUGGUUCGUCCCAGUAUCCACCAGUCCACCACCGUGGGGGCCUGCACUGGAGACUUAGAAGAUACCACGGCUGGGAUGCCGACUACAUAAUGGUGUUCAACACAUCAGCUGAAACAUUUCGGUUGAUGUCUCGUCCUGCCGGAUUGUCCAACUGCUUACAGGAGUCAUUGCUGGAGAUGAAUGACACUCUUGCUUUGUGCAGCAUCAGCAGUGACAAACGCACCGUAGAUGUCUGGGUGUUACAGGACUAUGAUGUUAAGACCUGGUCUUUCAAGCAUCGGAUUAAUUUGACUGGGGUGGAUCCAUCAGCGCUUGUUUAUCCAGAGGUGAUAAUGAGCCCUAGGAUGGCUGCUCUCAAUGAGGGUGUGCUGCUGGUCCAGUUCACUUGUAGGCGUGUGUUGCAUUUUGACAUAGAUGGCAAGUUCUUAGGAUAUGUGAAGAGCAAAGAUGACCAAGAAAUCGACUUGUGGGUUACCAAGCAUUACCUCCAGGGGAGCGUUAUUCCCCUUCCACUGUCCCAUGAGAUGAGAGAAGAAGAUAGUGAAAAUCAGGAGCCUCCAUUUUUCGUAGGACUGUAGGAUGCAGUGCUUAAUCUCGAUGUUCUACACUGCUGGUUUGCUUUGCCAAUGGACCAUCUAUUCUGUACGAGCCUUGUCUUUUGUUCUUAGUUGGUCUUUUUAGUGCUGCUUGUAGAACUGAACAAUUUGGAUGGUAGCAGAGCACCUCUGGUGUCUAUUAUCUUGCCUUUAGCAUCAUGUUUAAGUUCCAAACU